AUGGCUGAGGAAAAACACCUUGGUGAGCUUGGUACUGUAGCUGCUGGUGCUAAUGCCUUGACAAAUGAGAAGCUUGAGACUAAGAAAGACUCUGAAAAUGCUCACAAGCCCGAGAUAGAAGACAAGAUUGGGGUGGCAGCUGUCGUGGGAUCUGGUGGUGGUGUUACGUCCCAUGAACACCAUGAGAAAAAAGAAGCUAAUGAAGAAGACGAGGAAGCUCGGAGAAAGAUGCUCCGCAAUAUAUUUCGAUGA